AUGGGGAUCGAAAGGGUAGAAAUGAGAAGUUCCCAAGUCUCCUACAGGAAGUGCUUCAGGGCUACCACCACCAUCCUGACAGAAGAUGGAGACCACUGCCAUCCUACCAGCAUCCAACAUGAGACUUGCCGUGGCAAUGCCAGUCCUGGAGCAGCAGCUCAUGAUUCCAUUUCAGACUAUGGCCCACAAGAUAGCAGGUCCACACCAACUCGGCAGGUCCCUGGUAGAGCUGGUAGCCGGGAGACUCUGAGGGGUCAGUCCUCUUCGCAGUACCAUGAGUUUGCUGAAAAAUUGAAGAUGUCUCCAGGCAGGAGCAGAGGUCCAGGGAGUGACCCUCAUCACAUGAACCCACAUAUGAGCUUUUCAGAAAGGGCCAAUAGGAGUUCUUUACAUGCUCCUUUUUCCCUCAACUCAGAAAGCCUGGCCUCUGCUUACCACACAAACACCGGGGCUCAUGCUUAUGGGGACCCUAAUACUGGUUUGAAUACCCAGCUCCAUUAUAUGAGACAGAUGUACCAACAGCAACAAGAGGAGUAUAAAGAUUGGGCCAGCAGCUCUGCUCAGGGAGUGAUUGCUGCUGCACAACAUAGGCAGGAAGGGCCACAGAAGAGCCCACGGCAGCAGCAGUUUCUUGACAGAGUACGGAGCCCCCUGAAAAAUGACAAAGAUGGAAUGAUGUAUGGCCCACCAGUAGGUACAUACCAUGAUCCAAGCACUCAGGAAGCUGGGCGCUGUCUCAUGUCUAGUGAUGGUCUGCCUGCCAAAAGCAUGGAAUUGAAGCACAGCUCUCGGAAGUUACAGGAGUCUUUGCAGACUUCUCCAGCCAAAAUCAGUGGUCCCCCAGGAAUGUCUAAUCAAAAACGGUAUGGGCCACCCCAUGAGCCAGAUGGGCAUGGACUAGCCGAGUCUGCACAGUCUUCCAAACCUAGUAACGUAAUGUUACAGCUUCCUGGUCAAGAGGAUCAUUCUUCUCACAAUCCCUUAAUCAUGCGGAGGCGUGUUCGUUCUUUUAUCUCCCAUAUUCCCAGUAAUAGACAGUCAUAAGAUGUAAAAAAAACAGUAACCUGCCUCCUCCACACAUCCAAAGAAGGUGCCGAUAAAGCUAAUUCCUACAGCCAUCUUUCUCACAGUCAGGAUAUCAAGCCCAUCCCUAAGAGAGAUGCUUCCAAGGACCUUCCAAACCCAGACAAUAGAAACUGUCCUGCGGUUACCCUGACAAGCCCUGCUAAGACCGAAACACUGCCCCCACGGAAGGGACGGGGAUUAAAAUUGGAAGCUAUAGUUCAGAAGAUCACAUCCCCAAAUAUUAGGAGGAGUGCAUCUGCAAGCCGUGCUGAGGGUGGGGGAGACACAGUCACACUGGAUGAUAUACUAUCUCUAAAGAGUGGUCUUCCUGAAGGUGGGACUGUGGCUACUCAAGAAGCUGAGAUGGAAAAGCGAAAGGGUGAGGUGGUAUCUGACCCAGUCAGUGCAACAAGCCAGGAAGCGAAUGUUGAAAAGCCUCUUCCAGGGCCUUCUGAAGAGUGGUGUGGCAGUGGGGAUGACAAAGUCAAGACAGAGGCACAUGUAGAAACAGCUUCUACUGGAAAGGAACCCUCUGGUACUAUGACAUCCACAGCUUCUCAGAAGCCUGGUGGUAACCAAGGGAGACCAGAUGGUUCCCUGAGUGGAGCAGCACCACUAAUCUUUCCUGACUCAAAGAAUGUAGCUCCAGUGGGCAUAUUGGCCCCUGAGGCAAACCCCAAGGCUGAAGAGAAAGAAAAUAAUACAGCCAUGAUUUCACCCAAACAAGAAAGUUUCCCCCCAAAAGGGUAUUUCCCAUCAGGAAAGAAAAAGGGGAGACCAAUUGGUAGUGUGAAUAAGCAAAAGAAACAGCAGCAGCAACCACCUCCACCUCCUCAGGCCCCUCAGAUGCCAGAAGGUUCUGCAGAUGGAGAGCCGAAGCCAAAAAAGCAGAGGCAAACAAGGGAGAGAAGGAAGCCUGGGGCCCAGCCAAGGAAGCGGAAAACCAAACAAGCAGUUCCCAUUGAAGAACCUCAAGAACCAGAGAUCAAGCUAACGUAUGCUACCCAGCCGCUAGAUAAAACCGAUGCCAAAAACAAGUCUUUUUCCCCUUACAUCCAUGUAGUAAAUAAGAGUGAACUUGGGGCUGUUUGUACAAUCAUAAAUGCUGGAGAAGAAGAACAGACCAAGUUGGUGAGGAGCCGGAAGGGUCAGAGGUCUCUGACCCCUCCCCCCAGCAGCACAGAAAGCAAGGUGCUCCCAGCUUCCUCCUUUAUGCUGCGGGGACCUGUGGUAACAGAAUCUUCUGUUAUGGGGCACCUGGUUUGCUGUCUCUGUGGCAAGUGGGCCAGUUACCGUAACAUGGGUGACCUCUUCGGACCCUUUUAUCCCCAAGAUUAUGCAGCCAGUCUACCGAAGAAGCCACCUCCUAAGAGGUCCACAGAAAUGCAGAGCAGAGUCAAGGUUCAGCACAAAAGCGCUUCUAAUGGUUCAAAAACCGACGCUGAGGAGGAGGAGGAGCAGCAGCAGCAGAAGGAGCAGAGGAGCCUGGCUGCUCAUCCUAGGUUCAAGCGGUGCCACCGCUCAGAAGACUGUGGUGGAGGUCCUCGGUCCCUGUCCAGGGGGUUCCCUUGUAAAACAGCAGCCGCUGAGGGCAGCAGUGAAAAGACUGUCUCAGACACAAAGCCUACCACUUCAGAAGGCGGUCCUGAGCUGGAGUUACAAAUCCCUGAACUACCUCUUGACAGCAACGAAUUUUGGGUCCAUGAGGGUUGUAUUCUCUGGGCCAAUGGAAUCUACCUGGUCUGUGGCAGGCUCUAUGGCCUGCAGGAAAUGCUGGAAAUUGCCAGGGAGAUAAAAUGCUCCCACUGCCAGGAGGCUGGCGCUACUUUGGGCUGCUACAACAAGGCUGCCCCUUCCGAUACCAUUACCCAUGUGCCAUUGAUGCAGAUUGUUUGCUGCAUGAGGAAAAUUUCUCGGUGA